AUGCGAUCAGUGGACGUGAAUUCAGGUUCAGCACUGGAUGAAAUAACAGUUGACGUCGAAGCAGAUCCAGAACUGGAAGUCAAAAGAGUGGACGAAAAUUCAGAGGUCACUACUUCGGCUGAGGAUGACUCCGAAACAGUACUGGAUAAUACUCCAGAGAAGCCGGAUUCAGAAAUUGAAGUAGAAAGAAUAGGAUUCGACGAAGAGGUUGAAGCUGAGCUGGAAACAAAAUCUGACGAUGUGGACCCGGAACCAGAAGUGGAGCUCAUCGUAAGACCUGAGCUCGAAGUCAAGCCUGAACUUGAGCUAGAACUCAAUGUUGAAUUAGAUCUGGACGUAAACUCGAAGUUAGAGCUUGAGCUGGAUCCAGAAUCAGAAAUUGGACUAGAGUCUGAAGUCGAACUUGCAAAACUCAAGCUGGAGGCAGAACUUGAGAGAAAGUUAGAGCUUGGACUAAAUUCAGAGGUUGAACUAGAGUCAGAAGUUGGACUUGCGGAACUCGAGCUUAAUUCAGAACUUGAACUUGAGUUAGAGGUUGAAAUAGAGUCAGACGUUGGACUGGAGUCAGAACUCGAACUUGGGGAACUCGAAAUUACGUCAGAACUUGAAUUCAAUUCAGAACUUGAACUGGAUUCAGAAGACAAACGUGGCAAACUUGAGAUUAAGUCAGAACUUGGACUAAAGUCAGAAUUUGGACUAAAGUCAGUAGUCGAACUUGCAGAACUUGAACUUGAACUUGAGCUUGCAGAACUUGAAGUUGCAGAACUUGAAGUUGAUUCAUAA